CCCCUCGAGCCCCGUGUAAACGCCGACCAGACACCACUCCAGAGUCCUACUUCAUGGUCUUCAGAGGAGAAUAAAAUGUCUAAAGAACCAGAUCUUCUAUUUACACAAUUGAAGGAUCACUUCGGUCACAAUCAAUUCAAGAGCAAGCUUCAAGAACAAGCAAUACGUGCUAUAGUGAAAAGAAAAGGAGAUGUAUUCGUUUCAAUGCCCACGGGAUCGGGCAAGUCAUUAUGUUUUCAGCUUCCCGCUGUUGUAUGCAAGGAUAAAGUGGCCUUGGUAUUUUCUCCCUUGCUGGCUUUAAUGAAAGAUCAAAUUGACCAUUUGACAAAAUUAAAAAUUGUAGCAAACUCAAUAAAUUCCAAAAUGUCAGGGGGAGAUCGAAAGACUGUAGUUCAAGAUUUGCGUAGCAUCCGACCAGACACUCGCUUAUUGUACAUUACUCCAGAACAAGCCAGCACUGAAUUCUUUCAGUCUCUUCUGCAAGAUCUCCACCGUCAAAAGAAAGUUUCAUAUAUAGUUGUAGAUGAGGCACACUGUGUUAGCCAAUGGGGACACGAUUUUAGACCUGACUACUUAAAACUAGGGAGACUGCGGCAGGCUUACCCGGAUAUUCCCUGGAUAGCAUUGACAGCAACAGCAAGUAAACAGGUAGCUAAAGACAUCAUGAAGCAGCUGAGUUUGAGGCAGCCCGUGGAGACAUUCAAAACGCCUUGCUUCCGGAAGAACCUGUUUUAUGAUGUUGUGUUUCAAGAUAAUAUGCGGGAUCCUUUCAGUCAUCUUGCUGAAUUCAUCAAAGACACACUGAAACUAGAAGAUACUUCUAAAAAGCCUAGUGAGCGAGAUUCUGGUAUAAUUUACUGCAGAACAAGAGAGAUGACUGAUUCUGUGGCAAAAUCCCUUAUUGCUAAAGGAAUACCGGCUGCUGCAUAUCAUGCUGGUUUGAAUGACCGAGACCGAGUGCAAGUUCAAGAGGAUUGGAUGAAAGGAAUUUUUCCAGUUAUUAGUGCCACUGUCAGUUUUGGAAUGGGGGUUGACAAAGGCUCUGUGAGGUUGGUUGCCCAUUGGGGUGUCCCUCAGAGCAUAGCUGGGUACUAUCAAGAAUCUGGUCGAGCUGGAAGAGAUGGCAAAAUGUCUCGAUGUCGUAUCUACUAUUCCAAGCAGGAAAGGAAUGCUGUUGAUUUCUUGCUUCGUAAAGAUGUUAGUCAUGCUAAGACUGAGGGCAAAAAAGAAAAAGCUAAAGUUUCCUAUCAGAGCUUCGAAAAAGUUGUUAAUUAUUGUCAGGAAGCCAAGUGCCGCCACUCUGUAUUUGCAGAGUACUUCAAUGAUGAUCCCCCCUCCUGCAAGAUGUUGAAAGUUUGUGAUGUGUGUCAGGACAAAAAUGCUGUCGAGAAACAGAUUGAAGAAUUUAUAUCUCAUUUAGGAUCUAAGCUUACAUUUUCUGUGACGGGUGAUUCUUCUGAUCUCUAUGGAGGUGGAAAACUUGGUGGGAAAAGUGAUUAUUAUAACGAUGACAGUGGUGGUGAAGGGGAUGCUGCUCGACAGAGAGAUCAAGAAAAGAAAGUUUUGAAUUCUUUGAUUCAAAAGCAAUUUGCUCUGCGGCGUUCAGGUCAAGGGCCUCAACCAACUGAAGAGGAUUUCGCUGCUUUAGCCAAAAGUUCUCGUGUGCUGUCUGCUGACAGUACAGGAAGAAAGAUAAAUGGCCUUACUGUGCCUGUAAGAGAGAGUUACAUGUCUCUCAUUGAGGGAGAGCUCACCAAAAACCUCAACAAAUGUGGAGACAUAGAUCCCCCUAGUAGAAGCUUAAGUAAGGAUGAUGUUGAAAUGUGUGCAAGGCAGAUAGAAUACCAGGCAUUUACUACCAAUAAAAUAGUAAGCCUGUACAAAAGAGCCAUUGUGAAAGAGAUAUCCUCCAUAAAGAAGAGUUCAGAACUAAUGAAAGUCCAUGAACAUUUACAUAACUUCACUCCAGAUACUAAUAUUGUGAAGAAUUCAAAUGUGACUGGCUCUCUUUCUCAUUUAGCCAAAGAAAUUCAAGACACUAUUGAGGCACAAAAGAAAAGUGGAGGCUUUGUCACUGCAUCCCAGCUCAUCACCCAGUUUGAAAACGGCCCAGAAAGUUCAGCAGAAAAGUCAUCCACUGAAAAGCCUUCAUCUAUCAAACCGAAAUUCAAGAAAUUUUCAUUGAAAAAAGAUCCUCUUCAUCAGACAUCAGUAGAUUCAUUUUUCACAAGGAAGCCUCCCGGCCCAGAUACUAUCAGUUCGUCUGAAAGUGAUGACGAUAAUGAUAAGGGUCUUGAAAUAGAAUCAGAUCGGUCUGUGAUGGAGGAUUCUGAAUGUAACCUUGAAGAGAAUUCAGAAUCCUUUAAUGUAGAUAGUGAUAGAAGAAUAAUUGAUGAUGAGUCCCCCAACUCAUCACAAUCAGAAUUUAAGGCAAAUGAAAGCAGCAAUGACAGCAACAAGUUAAAACAUGAGUUUAAGGGAGCUUUAGUAAUUGAUGAAUCUGAAUCAUGUGAUGCAGAAGGUUUGUUAGAAAGUGGCUUGUAUAACAGUAACCAUACCUCCACAACAGCAUCUGGUGGUUGUAAAGACCUAUUAGCUAAAAAACGUGUUUCCCACUUAAGUAAGGAGGAAUUUAAAAGUGAAUCUCCUAAAGUGGCUUGCUCUCUCUUAGACUUGUGGGAACAACAGAAACUCAAUUCUGACAAAAAACAACCUGAACAGUCAAUAGUUGAACACUAUGAAGAGCAAAAUCCAACUGCCAAGGACAAAAAAAGGAAACUCACAGUGUUAUUUGGAGAUAGUGAUGAAGAUGAAGAAAAUGGAGAAAUUCAUAAAGUGAGUAAACAGGACUUUAAUCAAAAGAAAGAUCAGAACGCUAAGAAAACUGUAGUCAAAAGUAAAAAACCAUCUGCAAGUGAUAUGGAGUUGAAGCGUAUGGCAGAGUUAGUUGUGCGAUUACUGAUGCCCUACUACAAAAAGAAGAAAAUAUCUUCAAGGGACUUAUUUAAGGCUCUUGCUCGUGCCUUAUCUCAGCAUGCUUCCAAGUUAACUAAGAGCAGUGAUGAAAGUGGUGUGCAAAAAAUAAUCGGACAUUUUUUUCACAAGAGGAAACAUGUCAGCAAUGAAGCAGACUUUGCAAACCUGUGAUUUUUUCUGUUCUGACUGAAAUUCUUUGCCUAAACCAAUAUCUUCUCCCAGUGAAUCAAAAGAGAAACUUCUUUUCCUAUUAAUGUCGAAGCCAGUGAUUUAUUUUAGACUUUAUUUGUUACAUAUUAUAGGACAAAUUUUAAACAGAAAAAAAAAAAAACAACUUAG